UAUUUCAGGAGGUGAUGUGAGAGUGGACAGACAAGGUUCCUGGCACCAGCUGUAAAAUAUAGUAUCUCCAUACAUCAGUUCUCAGUACCGACCAUCAUGGAAGCUGCUAUCUCCACCCUCAUCACCGAGUUCAAGAAGUACGCUGGGAAAGAUGGAUCCUCCAGCACCCUGAGCAAAGACGAAUUCCAGAGCCUGGUGAGCUCUCAGCUAUCCCACUUUGUCAAGAACGCCAGUGAUCCUGGGACCAUUGACCAGCUCAUGGGCUCACUGGAUGAAAACAACGACGGGGAGCUGACUUUCACUGAGUUCUGGCAGCUGAUUGGAAAAGUGGCCUGCCAACAGGGUUGCUUUAGUCAGUAGAGCUCGCCUUCCUCUGUUGCUUUUGGCUUUGAGCCGAUUGUGCAACACCAGUCAACUUAGUUUAAGCUGUCCAGCUCUAAACUCAAAACCAUUUGAAUUCUUUAAUCACUUCACCAGUGCCACAUGUAACCACAUAGUUAACCAUUUGCUGAAUGCAGGGAAC